AUGCUCCGCCACAUAUCAUCUGAAUGUCCUGCCACAUACCCUCUGCCUGCCCCAUCACAUACCCUCUGCCUGCCUUGGCAUAUACCCUUUGACUAUCCUGCCACAUAUCCCCUGAAUGCCCCGCCACAUACCCUCUGCCUGCCCUGCCAUAUACCCUUUACCUGCCCUGCCACAUAUCCCCUGAAUGCCCUGCCACGUUCCCUCUGCCUGCCCUGCCAUAUACCCUUUACCUGCCCUGCCACAUAUCCCCUGAAUGCCCCGCCACGUACCCUCUGCCUGCCCCGCCGCACCGCCCGCACCCGCACGGCCGCCGCAGCUCGGCCACCCACACGCCCCCCCCCUCGGCCUCCCAUUCAGAAUAUUUCAGCCCGACUCCCCUCCGCGAGGAACCCCGGGGCGACGGAGGGUGUGAACAAGUAA